GAGAAAGGAGCAGCUCUUCCCGUUUCAUCUGAAAUAAAAACGAAAUGGAAAAUCAGCGCCCCCGCUCAGUGGCGUGAGGUCGGGGAGCAGAUUUGGUGGCGGGGAGAGGAGCUGUGACGGGGGUUGAGUGCCAGCGUGUCUCAUGUCUCCGCCCCCCCCGCGCCCCUGCCUGCUGCUGAACGCUGAGCGUGUGGGGUGCGCACCGGAUUACUCAUAGGGCCUUUUUUUUUCUUCCUUCCCCGGGUGCAUCUUCGUGCUCUGGAUUCCUAAUCGCGCUAUAAAGCCCCGGAGGCCAGCCGGGCACCUGCGAAGAAGUCACACCGUCCGUGGAGCCCGAGGAAAGGAGAGGACAGCGGCCUUGUGAUCUCCCCCCUCCCUCCUUCACCCUCCCCGACAGGACCGGACCCGGGUGGGCAGGGGGAGAGGGGCGCCGACAGGUGCAUUUUCCAGGCUCUCGGACUUUCUAAGCGACCCUCCAAAGAGGGUCCAGGCAACCACCCACCCCAGAGCCCCUCAUAGCUCGUUGGACUUUGUUGCCUUUUUGGGGGGGGGCCGGCCCUCGCCAGCCCUGGGACAGCGGAGCCCCCGGGCUCCCUAAACGUCUGAUCCGAUGGCAUCUUCUGCACCUUCUUCGUCCUCUUCCUCCUCCAACGCGGGGCAGGAUCCCAACCCCACCAACCUGCGUCCCACAACUUAUGACACCUGGUGCGGGGUGGCUCACGGAUGCACCAGGAAACUGGGACUCAAGAUCUGUGGCUUCCUGCAAAGAACCAACAGCCUGGAGGAGAAGAGCCGGAUUGUGAGCGCCUUCAAGGAGAAGCAGUCCUCAAAGAACCAACUGGCGUGUGAGAAUAGCGAGCAGGAUGCUCGGUUCCGGCGCACCGAGACAGACUUCUCCAACCUCUUUGCCAGAGACCUCCUGCCGGCCAAGAAUGGGGAGGAGCAGACAGUGCAGUUCCUUCUGGAGGUGGUGGACAUCCUUCUCAACUACGUGCGCAAAACAUUUGAUCGCUCCACCAAGGUGCUGGACUUCCACCACCCACACCAGCUGCUGGAGGGAAUGGAGGGCUUCAACUUGGAACUGUCGGAUCACCCUGAGUCCCUGGAGCAGAUCCUGGUAGACUGCAGAGACACCCUGAAAUACGGUGUCCGCACAGGUCAUCCUCGAUUUUUCAACCAGCUCUCCACUGGACUGGAUAUUAUUGGCUUAGCUGGUGAAUGGCUGACGUCAACUGCGAACACUAAUAUGUUUACAUACGAAAUUGCACCGGUGUUUGUCCUCAUGGAACAAAUCACACUUAAAAAAAUGAGAGAGAUUAUUGGAUGGUCAAAUAAGGAUGGGGAUGGAAUAUUUUCACCUGGGGGGGCUAUAUCUAAUAUGUACAGCAUCAUGGCUGCCCGCUACAAAUAUUUUCCUGACGUCAAAACCAAAGGCAUGGCUGCUGUUCCCAAACUGGUCCUCUUUACUUCAGAACAUAGCCAUUAUUCGAUAAAGAAGGCUGGGGCCGCACUUGGCUUUGGAACUGACAAUGUGAUUUUGAUAAAGUGCAAUGAAAGAGGGAAAAUAAUCCCAGCUGAUUUGGAGGCAAAAAUUCUUGAAGCCAAACAAAAGGGAUACGUUCCUCUUUACGUGAAUGCAACUGCGGGCACCACAGUGUAUGGAGCUUUUGACCCAAUUCAAGAGAUUGCAGACCUAUGUGAAAAAUAUAACCUUUGGCUCCACGUAGAUGCUGCCUGGGGAGGUGGCCUUCUUAUGUCCAGAAAGCAUCGUCAUAAACUCAGUGGCGUAGAAAGGGCCAACUCGGUUACCUGGAACCCACACAAAAUGAUGGGAGUCUUGUUGCAGUGCUCUGCCAUUCUCGUCAGGGAAAAGGGUAUACUCCAAGGAUGCAAUCAGAUGUGUGCCGGGUAUCUUUUCCAGCAAGACAAGCAGUAUGAUAUUUCGUACGACACCGGAGACAAGGCAAUACAGUGUGGCCGCCAUGUGGAUAUUUUUAAGUUCUGGUUGAUGUGGAAAGCCAAGGGAACAGUGGGAUUUGAAAAUCAGGUCAACAAAUGCUUAGAAUUGGCAGAAUAUCUCUAUGCCAAAAUAAAAAACAGAGAAGAAUUUGAGAUGGUUUUUAAAGGCGAGCCUGAGCACACAAACGUUUGCUUCUGGUAUAUUCCACAGAGCCUCAGGGGCAUACCAGAUAGUGAGGAGAGACGAGAAAAGCUACACAGGGUGGCACCAAAAAUCAAAGCCCUGAUGAUGGAGUCAGGUACCACAAUGGUUGGAUAUCAACCUCAGGGAGACAAAGCCAACUUCUUCCGUAUGGUUAUCUCAAACCCCGCAGCUACGAAAUCUGACAUCGACUUCCUUAUUGAAGAAAUAGAAAGAUUGGGGCAGGAGCUGUAAAAACAUUUGGCAAACUCUCUAUUGCUUUAAAGCACUGUUUUCCAGAACUGGCUACUCUAUUUCUAGUUCUGCAGAACACAUUUUAUGGCAGUUCCCUUUCUAAGUGUUCCAUUUUCCUGUGGCACUCUAGAACAAAUCUCGAUAAGUUGCUGAAAAUAUAUAGAUCAUUUUACUGAGGGAAAAUAUUCUCUUGAAGUGUACUGUUGGGCCUUACUUAAGCCUGUUUACCGUAGUUAGCAGGAAACUACUAAGUACUACAUCACAAAUUAAGAAAUCCUCAAGGUGUAUAUGUACAGUUAGAUAAAACUCUCUCUAGAUGUGUAGUGGGUAUGAAUGUAGAACUAAUCCACGGCAUGUUUUCCACUUUAAGAGAACUAAUUUUUCCUUCAACAGUUAAUGAGGGGGUAAGAUAUUACAAACUGUUUGCCAAAUGAAAACUAGGAAGACUUUUUAAAUUGUAGCUACUUAGGAACUAAGGAAAACACUUUCAGCAGGGCUUAUUCAUAUUUUCCCCUGACUGAAAUAAUGAAUUAGGGAAAGAACCAUCCAGCAAGGUAGUCACAGCCUCCCCAUUAGUGUCAUAUAAGGGGACAGUAGUAGCAGAGUCAUUGUUACAGGUGUAUUAUUGCUGUAUUUUUAGAGGUUAAUUUGUGUAGACUGUGUAUAUUAUUGUUAAACAACUUUGUGAAAAAGAAAUACAUGUAAUGGUUUAAAAUUGUUCAAUUGUAGGUAUAUUUGCUUAUUUAUAUGCAGAGAUUUACCAUGUUAAAAAGGUGUCUUGUAUUUUCUUCCAUUUGUAAUGUAUCUUAUUUAUAUAUUACUAAGUCCUAAAUAAUGUUUAAUGGUAUUUUAGUGUAUUUGUGAGCCAAAGAAAAGAGAUGAAAAAUUAGUAAAAAUUGCAUUUAUAUUAGAGUGCCCUUAAUAUAAUCAGUUAAGGAUAAUUUUAUUGUCUAUAAGGAAUUCACAUAUUGUAUAUAGAGUCAAGAGCAGUAUAUUGAAAUUCCUUUAUGUAGAGUCUGCACCUUUAUUGCCCUUACCUGUCUGGCUGUGUGUCUGGUGUAUUGAAUGCUUUUCUAGUGUUUACUGGGUAAUAACCAGGGCUCCUGUACUUUUGUGGUACUUCAGGACCAUUCUCUGUGACUAGCUAGCAAACUUCUGUGGCAAAUUCCCCAAGACCUUUAUCAUUUCUAAUAAGAGCACUGACCAGGCUCACUACUGUUUUGCAGAAGGGAAAUUCACAAUGUGCAUUUUAGAGUAUAGAGGAGGAAAAAAAUAAAAUAUUUACCAUGGAGAAUUUUGACAGAAUCGUCUGCCGGUCUGUAUGUGUAUUGUGAGACUUUCCGUAGUGGAGUUGUUUGUGUGCCUUCUUUCAUUCCUCCCCCAACUUGCUCAGUGUCUUUUUGCGGGCUAUCGACCAGUAUUCGUAAAUUCAUCAUUUCAGUCUCAUAAUCAGGUUGAGUGGAGUGAACACAAUGUCAAAUAGAGGUCUCAAAGUCACUAGUCCAUAGGAUCAUUAUUUUGCCCAUUAACUUACUGCUUUAAAGCUGUUGAACGUUGCUGCUAUAGGUUCUUGGACCUAUUAAUGCUUGUUUCAAGGUUUGCCUCUCUCCUGGAGAUGUCACUCAUGUGUGGGUGACUAUCAGUAAACACAGCCCUCUAUGAAAUACAGUAGUAUUUCAAGUGACUCUAAGGAGGAUUUUCAGAAAGCCGAUUUUUGUUCAAACUCUAAACAUCAGGUGGUUCACAGAUUUUGCACUGAUUCCCAGGUUCCCCAGAUCUUGAGCCACCUUGCACUCAGAUUUAACUCCUCUGUUCUCGGGAUGUUCACUCAAGUAGAAGACAGUAAAACAGUAUAUUUCCCAACCAGCAAUUUGCUCCAGGUCCCAUCCCCAAUCUUCUCCUCACUUCUUCAGGUAAAUGCAUUCACUUAGCUUCUCCUUUUUUGGAUUAGCCCAUCUUAUCUGUUUCUUGUGUGUGGCCUUUCCCUCCUGGAAUUGUAAUUCUUGUAUUGAAUGUAAUUUCAGUUUUAGAAUGGGUAAGUUGGCAACCAUGAGCAUGCACCAAGCCAACUAAAUCUCCUGUAUCCCAGAAGCAUGUGGUACCUUCUGACCUUCCCGGAAGCUGAACGGUGAAAAUCUGCUCUGAUUCACAGGGAUUCAGUAUGGUAAGAUGAUCACUGAACAAGCUCCUUGAGGACCUUGUCUUGAAUAUCCUCAGUAACUCCCACAUACCGUCAGGUUUCCCGAAACGUUGACUGACAGCAACUAGUUCUGGGGCAGACCAGUGUAUAUUAGGAAAGAACCUUUCGGCUUGUCCCUUGAACUCAAGGUUCCUCUAAAAUCAGACCAUUUGAACAGGUUUAACAGUUUUGAAGACAUCCUUCCUUUCAGCUGGGGAUCUGGAGAGCUCCCCUUCUCACCUCUCACUCUUCACAUUAGCCUCAGACUGGCAACUGAGGGGCCUAAUUCAGGGCCUUGCCUUUCUCUCCUAAGAAAAGCCACCCCAAAACUGACCAUUUUCAUCAGAAUCCUGGUCAGAAACGUAUUACUCAGUGCACUGUUGUUACUCUGUGUUACUGUGGGUCUGAAUAGUAUUUACUGGCUGACCGGAGUUCCGAUUUUCAGUGAGUUGCUAGAUUCUUCUCAGAGGCUUCGCAAAAGUAGGGCGAGUGACUCACUCGUUCACAUUUGCUGAAACAUGGAAUUUAAAAAGGGAUAAGCAGCUGUGGAUUACUUUUUAAAGGGGGAGUGAUGUCAUGUCAGUAGUGAGUGAUCUCUCUUAUAGGCCUUACCUGUAUUCUCUUCCCUGGGAAAGGCAAACCAAGGCAUUUGGAGAAAGCCCAGAAUUUCAGUCAUCAGUUAUUUAGGGUAACUGUGUGAAGAGUUUUAAUAAAUGGACUCUCGCUUUGUGGCUGUAAGGAACUGUUGUAAUAAUGAACAGGUGUGAUCUGCACUGCAGUUGUAAUUUUUUAAUAAAAGUAACAUUAAAAUUUC